AUGCCACCUCUGCUGCUGAUGCCUGGUCAUAUUGGAAAUCGUCUGGAAGCAAAGCUGAACAAACCUGCUGUAGUCCACUGGCUAUGCAUGAGGAGGAGCAGUCAAUACUUCACAUUGUGGCUCAAUCUGAAUAUGUUCCUGCCCAUUGGAAUUGACUGCUGGAUAGACAAUAUCAGACUUGUUUACAACCGAACAACAAAGAGAAGUUCUAAUUCACCUGGGGUGGUGACCCGAGUUCCUGGCUUUGGGAAGACCUACUCCGUGGAAUAUCUGGAUCCAUUGAAACUAACAGGAUAUUUGCACACGUUGGUGCAGUUCUUGGUUAACUCAGGCUAUGUUCGUGAUGAGACUGUGCGAGCAGCCCCUUAUGACUGGAGAGUGGCAGCAUAUGAGCAAGAAGAAUAUUUUGACAAAUUGAAGAAACUAAUUGAGGAAAUGCACAGGGCGUACAGCAAACCUGUCUACCUGCUGGGCCACAGCAUGGGGAAUCUGUACAUCUUGUACUUCCUAAAACAGCAGCCCCAGGAAUGGAAAGACAAAUUUAUUCAUGGAUUCAUAUCACUCGGAGCUCCAUGGGGAGGAACAGUUAAAUCUCUUGCUGUGCUUGCUUCAGGAGACAACUAUGGCCUCGCUCUUGAUCUCCUGAAGAUACGGAAGCAACAACGAACAACAACAACCAACCCUUGGCUACUGCCUACCAGGCGGGCCUGGCCAGCAGACCAUGUCUUCAUCUCCACGCCAACCUACAACUACACAUACAAUGACUACAGAAAGUUCUUCACUGAUAUAGGAUAUGAAGAUGGCUGGUUCAAGUGGCAACAUAGCAAGGGUUUUCUGACUGACUUGCCUCCACCAGGGGUGGACGUGUACUGUAUGUAUGGAGCAGAAAUCUCAACACCAAUGACUUAUAUAUAUGAUGAAAGCUUUCCUUCCAACCAGCCAGUACAGAUUGUCUAUGGUGAUGGUGACAACACUGUUAGCCUGAAAAGCUUGUCUCUGUGCAGAGAAUGGAAGGACCAACAAAAGCAGAAAAUUCAUGUUAUAAAACUUCCUGGCAAACAUCAUUUUGAUACAAUUUAUGACAUUCAAGCUUUAGGGAUCAUUCAAGAUAUAUUGUUAGGAAAUUAUUCCGAACACCAAGUCAAUUCCAGAAACUAG